ACUAAACCCUUUGUGCUUUCUGUAAGUGGAGCAGUUGAAUUUGAAUUUUGCUUUGAUAUCCCUACAACCGUAUGCGAAUUUUGUCCCUAUAAGACUGAUACUUGUUCCUUCCCUUCCAAGACAUCAGUUGUUGCAGUAAAAAUGGCAAACGGAGUAAAAUUUGCGAACAACCUUCGAACAGAUUCAUCGGACUACCGAGCAGAGCUUCUGUCACCGACUCCAGUAGGGGAGAAUCAUGUAACAAUGGCGAGCGAACAAUCUUGGCGACUCAACAUGGAUAAGUUCCACCUUCCAGAGACAAGUACGGAGUCUUCGUGUUUUCGCCUCGGAUAUUAUAUCAAGGCCUUCAGGAGACAAAGGAGACUUUCAGAGUAUUACAAGAGACAGGAAGUGCUUCUCAAAGGGUACAACGAAAUCGACACAUUUAAUGAAUUGGGAAUCCUGCCGGGGAGUUUGUCUGAGGAGGAAACGAGGCAGCUGGUUAGGAAUGAGAGGGUGGCGAUAUAUGCAUCGAAUGUGGCGAAUUUUGUGCUUUUCCUGGCAAAAGUUUAUGCAUCUGUUAUGAGUAGAUCAUUGGCAGUGAUAGCAUCAACCUUGGACUCUUUGCUGGAUCUCUUGUCAGGCUUUAUUUUGUGGUUUACUGCUUAUGCUAUGAGAAAACCAAACCAGUAUCGUUAUCCUAUUGGCAAAAACAGGAUGCAACCAGUUGGAAUUAUUGUUUUUGCAUCCGUAAUGACUACGCUUGGAUUGCAAAUACUGUUUGAAUCAGGUCGAGAACUGAUCAUCAAGGCACAACCUGAUAGGGAUCCUGUGAAAGAAAAAUGGAUGAUCGGGAUUAUGGUAUCAGUGACGGUAGUAAAACUAGUGCUCCUGAUAUAUUGUCGGAGAUUCGAUAACGAAAUCAUCAAGGCGUACGCGCAGGAUCAUUUCUUCGACGUUAUCACUAACUCGAUCGGUCUAGGCACUGCCGUUUUAGCCAUCAAAUUCUACUGGUGGAUUGAUCCUCUUGGGGCAAUUCUUAUAGCAUUGUACACAAUGGGGAAUUGGGCGAACACGGUGAUUGACAACGUAUGGGGCUUGAUCGGGACAACAGCGCCGCCGGAGUAUUUAGCGAAGCUGACAUACUUGAUUUGGAACCACCGUGAAGAGAUUAGACACAUCGAGACGGUUAGAGGCUACACCUUUGGUUCUCACUACUUCGUGGAGGUUCACAUAGUUUUGGCUGAGGACAUGUCCCUUUCACAAUCUCAUAAUAUCGGACAGUCUCUUAAAUACAAGCUCGAACAACUCCCCGAAGUGGAAAGAGCUUUCGUUCACAUCGAUGUCGAUAACGGCAUGCAUCCGCUGGAGAACAAACCCAAAAAGCCAUCGUCAUCACCAUGA